UUUCCCACUGUCAUUAUCUCUGACAUUAUAAAGCAGCGACUGGCGUCACCUCUGCGCUCAUUUGAUUUAUAGAUUGGCACAAUGAAGACCAUUCUCCCUUUUGUUGUACUAUGUGCUGCAGUAUUGACGGUGGUGACGUCACAGAGCUGUGCUUCCCGCUCAAACGGAUGCAGCAUUCCAUAUAACUUACCCUACUUCUUCAAGACCCGCUUCACGCCCAGCUGUGACAAGCACGAUGUUUGUUAUGAAUGUGCAUCCUAUUACGGGAGAACUAAGAAUGACUGUGACGGCAUGCUGUUCAAUGGGGCAAACAGGGUGUGCUCAUCUAUGAGGAAACGCUUCAUCGUCAGCGUCCUGACUGCAGCAGAGAAGGAGUUCUGUAAAGCCAUAUCACUCAGCUACUACGAGGCUGUCAGUCACUUCGGCGGCUCCCACUUCCCAUCAAGCUCAGCCAGUUGGUGUUCCCAGUCCUGGGUCAGAAGCUGUAUGCCCUGAUGUCUGUGUGUCGUUUUUUAAAAAAUAAAUCUUGUGGUGGUGUGCCGACGU